GUUUUCAUAUUUGCGAUAGUUUCGGUUUUUUAAACACCAAGUAUAUACUAGUAAUCUGUGGCGGUUUUCUUGUAAAAAUAAAUAAAUUGAAAUAUGUACUUUGCUCAAAAUUAGAUUUGCCCCAAUAUAUCUAGUCUAGUAAUAUAAAAUAUAAGAUACUUCAGAAGAACAUCAUCUUUAUAGAAUGGCUGGAGAAGUUAUUGUAGAUGCUUUGCCCUACAUUGAUCAGGGCUAUGAUGAUCCAGGUGUUAGAGAAGCGGCGUUGGCAAUGGUAGAGGAGGAGUGCAGAAGGUAUAGACCAACUAAAAACUAUUUAGAAAACGCUGGGCCAGAACCAAGUACUGCAUUUGAAACACCAGCUCUCCAACGAGAAAUGGAGCGUGUGCAACAGCGCCUGCCUAUGGAACCAUUGUCAAUGAAAAGAUAUGAAUUACCACCACCGCCCGCAGGACGACUUGGUGAACCAGCUGCUUGGGCUGAAGCAGUUGACAAUUCUCAUGCCCAAUUGUCACAUCAAGCCACUAGAGUGUUGAAUUUGGAACUUCAACUCCAAUACAGCACAGAAGCAUGGAGAUCUUACCUCAACAUAUUACAGGCACUAGUGACAAGAUCACAGAAUGUUCAUUCACAGUUACGAAAACAAAUAGCAGCAGUGAAUUGGGAACGGAAGAGAUCACAGACUGCAAGUGGUGCAAGAUUAAGAGCACUUCGCCGCCGCUGGGCCCAGCUUGUGUCUGACAACUACAGGCUUGAGAGAGCUAUAAUGCAGCUAGAAAUACAAGUAGAGAAGGCAAAGGGACAAGCUACAAAUAUUGACGAAUCUUCUGAUAUAGACAUGGAAGCAGUAAAAAUGCUGCCAGAAAAAUUGAACUCUGAAACUGAAAAGGAAGUACAAAAGAAAAUUGAAGACAUGUUUGCUGAUUAAUUCACUUUUAUUUUACUUAUUUUAUAA